AUGCUUGCUUCGAUCGAAGCUAGGCUCAAGAUAUGCCGUUCGGAAUAUACCCUAUAUCCCGAAUAUCCGGGAUAUCCAGGAAAUUUAUAUCCUGAUCGGGAUAUUUCUGCAAAACAUUUUGGAAAAAAUCAUUACCGCAAAAAUCGACAAACUCAUCAAAAUCUAAUCACAAAUUUAGCUAACAAUGGAAUUAUUAAAGAUGAGAAUAUUAAGGAAGUUAUGUUGAAAGUAGAUCGAGGUGAUUUUAUUGAUUCAAAUCCUUAUAUGGAUUCACCACAAUCGAUUGGAUCGUCUGUAACGAUUAGUGCUCCACAUAUGCACGCAUAUGCCCUCGGUAUGUUAAAAGAUAAACUUGUACCCGGUGCAAAAGUUUUGGAUGUUGGAAGUGGAAGUGGAUAUUUGACAGCGUGUUUGGGUUUGAUGGUACAAGGUACGGAUAACAAUGGACGAGUGGGCAAGGCAGUGGGUAUUGAACAUAUACCAGAUUUAGUUAAAAAAUCCGUAGAUAAUAUAGAAAAACAUCAUAAACAAUUACUAAGAGAUAAAGUUGUGGAAAUUGUUGAAGGUGAUGGACGAAAAGGUUAUGAGAAGGAAGGUCCCUAUGAUGCAAUUCAUGUUGGAGCAGCUGCUCCCGAUACUCCUCAGGAAUUAAUUAAUCAAUUGAGUAUUGGUGGUCGGCUGGUGGUUCCAGUGGGAGGUUAUAGUCAAGAGAUGAUGGUGUAUGAUAAACAAGAAGGAGGAAAAAUAAAAUCGCAUUCAGCUAUGGGUGUUAUGUAUGUACCAUUGACCGAUAAAGAAGCACAACUAGACGUAUUCGUCGAGGAAAGUGUAAACAUGUUAUCGAAACGUCUUCUAACAUAUAUUGCUACUAUUCCAUCUCGCCAGCUUCACACAACAUCCUCGUUAUUUCAGCAACAACAAACGGCGACUAAAUCUGCCUCUUCUGCCGAUGCUCAAAUUUAUCAGAAAACGCGGAAAAACCUCUAUAUCAACGAACAAACACGUGUGAUUUGUCAAGGUUUUACCGGAAAACAAGGAACAUUUCAUAGUCAACAAGCACUCGAUUAUGGAACUAAAGUAGUCGGUGGUGUAUCACCAAAAAAGGCUGGUACAAAACAUUUGGGUUUACCCGUAUUUAAAAAUGUAGCUGAUGCGAUGAAAGAAACGGGUGCAACAGCCACCGUCAUCUAUGUACCACCGCCUGGAGCUGCUGAAGCGAUUCUAGAAGCAAUUGACGCUGCAAUACCAUUGAUUGUAUGUAUUACCGAGGGUAUUCCACAACAUGAUAUGGUCAAAGUAAAACAUCAGUUAAUUCGACAGGAUAAAUCGAGAUUAGUUGGACCCAAUUGUCCAGGAGUUAUUGCUCCUGGUAAAUGUAAAAUCGGUAUAAUGCCUGGUCAUAUUCAUCGUCCUGGUCAUGUUGGUAUUGUCUCUCGUAGUGGUACUCUAACAUACGAAGCUGUCCAUCAAACGACUCUGGUUGGUCUCGGACAAUCUCUGUGUGUUGGUAUCGGUGGUGAUCCUUUUAAUGGUACAGAUUUCAUCGAUUGUCUUGAGUUGUUCAUCAAAGAUCAACAAACACAAGGCAUUAUUUUAAUCGGUGAAAUUGGUGGUAAUGCUGAAGAGGCAGCCGCCGAUUACUUAUUACAUCACAACAAUGGAAUUCAUGCUAAACCUGUUGUAGCAUUCAUCGCCGGUGUUACGGCGCCACCUGGCCGUCGUAUGGGACAUGCUGGUGCAAUAAUUUCUGGGAAAUCAGGUGGAGCUGAUGGUAAGAUUAGUGCGUUGAAAGAAGCAGGUGUUACAGUGAGUAAUUCACCAGCGAAAAUGGGACAUUUAAUGUAUAAAUUAAUGAAAAAUGAAGAUUUUCCGAUGAGCAAACAAGAUUCACGUGCGUUGAAAGAAGCAGGUGUUACAGUGAGUAAUUCACCAGCGAAAAUGGGACAUUUAAUGUAUAAAUUAAUGAAAAAUGAAGAUUUUCCGAUGAGCAAACAAGAUUCACGAAAUCAUCGUGUUAACUUUUUUUAUCUUUUAUUCAAAGUUGUCAUGCAACAAAAUGUAAUUAUUAAUCAAACAUUACAUUCCUAUUGCAAAGAGCAGGCACAAUUUAAUGAAAUACCAAUUUUUGUCAAUUUAACACAAUGGCCAUCUGGAAUUAUUUAUUCGAAAAAUCCAUUUCCACAAUCCGGUAUAGUAGUUGAUUACGCUCGAGAUGAAGUGUGUACAAUGGAAUUAAGAGCAAAGCAGAAUCAACGUAUUCGAUUAGUGUUUUAUAGUUUUUCUGCUACUGAUGUUAACUCUUAUAAUUUAUGUGAUUCAUCGAAUUUUAAAGAUAUUUUUGAUUGGUUAUCAACAAAUAAUGCAGUUACAUUAGAAUGGUCACAUGAUUAUGAUGAUGAUUUAGAAUAUCAACAACGAUAUGAUUUCGAAUUAUUGUUUGUGACAUUUACGCAAAAGAAAAUAGGUAAAUUCAUUCAAAUAUGA